AUGCGAGGUAGACUUCCAUCUAAAGACUUUUUGCUUGAUCCUGAAAUUUCAAGGACUGAGAGGAGACUGAGGAAGGCGGCUAGGCAGAUAAUUUGGGAAGAUUUGAAAAGCGUACCUGCACAACCAAAACAAGAGAUGGAAGGAAACAACAACGCUGAUGGUGACAUAGGCCACAAUGCAAUUAAUCCACCCCUAAGAUUGUUGGAAAGUAUUCUAACACCAGUGUUCAAUAGGCCAAACUCAAGCAUAGUCAGGCCGACGGUGGAGGCAAACAAUUUUGAGUUGAAACCAUCAUUGAUUUCUUUGGUGGCAAGAGCUCAAUAUUCUGGUGCUGACGAGGAAGACCCUCAUGAGUUCAUAGAUCGAUUUCUGAUGAUCUGUGACACUACAAAGCACAAUGGUGUGCCAGCUGAUGCUAUCAGGCUCCGACUAUUUCCUUUUGCUGUUAAGGGAAGUGCUCUCAAAUGGAUAGAAAGGCAGCCAGCAAAUACUGGAGGUUCUAUUCGGCAAAGUACCUCAGAGCAAGCUCUCAAUCUGAUAAAGAAGUUGGCAAGAGAUGAAAAUGAGAGUGUUCCAGCCUCAGUAAAAAGAGGAGUGAUAAAGCAAGAAAACAAUGACACUUUGCUCGCUGAACUGUUAUCCAAAAAGAUUGAUAGCAAGUUUGACAGUUUGGAGCAGCAAUUUCAAAAAUUCCAAGUGUCUCAUGUUCAAUCAACUCCUCAGGAAGCUCACAAAUCCAACGAAUGCUCUAAUUCGUUAUCAGAUGAUUCACCACAACAAGUACAAGUGAAUGGAAUAUGGUAUGACCAACGGCCUCAGCCGUCAAACUUUCCAAGGAACAAUAACUAUGGUGCUGGAGGUGGUGGUGGAAAUUUUCAGCGAAGAACUCAAGGAGCUGGCAUGGAUUACAAAUCUAAUAACUACCAGCAGCCUCCACAAAUUCAAGCAAAGGAACCCUCUGAAUUGGAAAAGCUAGUGGCACAGAUGGCUCAACAUUCAAAUACUUUCAUGGAGGAGCAAAGAGCCAACAACAAAAAUACAAUUAUCAAUCCAAAGGAAGAUUGCAUGGCUAUUACCACUAGAAGUGGCAAAGUUGUAGCACCGCUUGCAAAUCCAAUUCUUGAUCGUGUGGAAGACAAGGAACAAGCGGAGAAGCAGAAAGGAGCAGUUGAACCAGAGGCUGAAGUAAUUGUGAAAGAAAAGGAGAAAGAAGCCGUCAUUGAAAAGGAAAAACCAUCUUUCUUUGAUAAGAAUUGCCCAUUGACCCAUGAAUAUAUAAUGGCUCAAGCACCUUACCCAGAAAGGUUCAAGAAAGAGGUUACUAACAAGCAUUAUGACAGGUUCUUAGACAUCUUCAAGAAGUUGCACAUCAAUAUUCCUUUUGCAAAAGCCUUAGCAAAUAUGCCUGGAUAUGCAAAAUUCAUGAAGGAUUUGUUGAAGAAGAAUAAACUGCAAGAAUGCCAAACCGUUGAACUUACUGCAAAAAGUAGUGCAUUCAUUCAGCAGAAGAUUCCAGCUAAGCUUCGUGAUCCAGGUAGUUUUAAUAUUCCCAUUACUAUUGAUGAUAUUGCCAUUGGCAGAGCUAUUUGUGAUCUUGGGGCUAGUAUCAACUUGAUGCCUCUUUCUAUUUAUAAGUCACUGGGAAUUGAAGAAUUGAAACCCACAGAAGUUUCUCUUCAACUUGCUGAUAGAUCUGUGAGGAAACCUAACGGGAUCAUUCUUUCUUGUUGA